AUUGUAAUUCUCUCUUUAUUUUACCAUCCCUGCAGGCUCGACGAGUGACACACCGUCGCUAGGCGGACUCCGAUCGAACGAAAGACGGUUCACCCAUCUCUCUCGUCGUUCAUAUAUCUUGGCCUCCAAUGGCGGAGCUCUGCUCUCUACAAUCAACCCCUGGCUUUGAUGAUCUUGAACUUAAAGAAGUUAUUUCUGAGGGUUCAUUAGACUUUGAUGGAUGGACUACACUGAUUUCAAAGAUUGAGACUAUUUAUCCUGAUGACAUGGAGAAAAUAUGUCUAGUUUAUGACCAUUUCUUGUCUCAGUUCCCUUUAUGCUAUGGGUAUUGGCGGAAAUAUGCUGUCCACAUGAAUCACCUUGGCACAGUAGAUAAGGUUGUUGAAGUCUUUGAACAAGCUGUGCAAUCAGCAACGUUUUCAGUAGAAGUGUGGGUUGAUUACUGUAGCUUUUGUAUUUCAGCUUUUGAGGAUCCAUCUGAUAUUCGAAGAUUAUUUAAGAGAGCCAUUUCAUUUGUUGGGAAGGACUACUUAUGCCAUACCUUGUGGGAUAAGUAUAUUCAUUUUGAGUUUUCCCAGAAACAGUGGAUUUCUCUUGCUCACAUAUAUGUCCAAGCUCUGAGAUUUCCAACCAAAAAGUUACAUCAGUAUUAUGAUAGUUUUAAAAAGUUGGUAACCCUCUUGGAAGAGGACAUGGCAAGCCAGGGUUACCCUACAAAGGAAUCACAGUCUGAAUCAUUGCUUGAUGAUGACAUCUCCGUAUCAUGCAAGGAUGAUGAGAUUUAUGGCAUUAUAAAAUAUAUGAUGGAUUCAUCUAUUGGCUUAAAAAGGUUGACAGCCAUGAAAAAGUUCAAGAAUUUGGGAGAGCAGCUAUAUCAUAAUGCUUGCCAGUUGGAUUUGAAAAUUAGUUCAUUUGAGGCUAAUAUUCAGCGGUCUUACUUUCAUGUCAAGCCACUUGAUGCCAGUCAAUUGCAGAAUUGGCACCAUUAUCUGGAUUUUGUUGAACUGCAAGGGGAUUUUGACUGGGCUGUAAAACUUUAUGAGAGGUGCUUAAUUGUUUGUGCCAACUACCCUGAAUACUGGAUGCGUUAUGUGGAUUUCAUGGAAACUAAGGGGGGAAGAGAAAUUGCAAAGUAUUCGUUAGAAAGAGCAACAGAAAUUUUUUUGAAGAGAGUUCGAGUCAUUCAUCUCUUCGAUGCCAGGUUUAAGGAACAAAUAGGAGAUGUUUCAGCUGCACGUGCUGCGUAUAUUCAUGGUGGUGCAGAAUCAGAUUCUAACUUUGUGGAGACUGUUAUAUCAAAAGCUAACAUGGAAAAACGUCUGGGAAAUAUGGAGGCAGCUUUCAAUGUAUACAAAGAAGCACUAGAAAUGGCUGCAGCAGAUAAAAAGCUGCAUGCUUUACCCGUUUUAUAUGUCAAUUACUCUCGUCUAAAAUAUAUGAGUACAAACAGCGUUGAUGCUGCCAGAGAUGUCCUAAUUGAAGGUGUCAAAAAUAUGCCCGAGAGCAAAUUUCUUCUGGAACUUUAUUAUCACAUUAGAGCUUCAUUGGUGAGCUUGCUCCAACUUAUGUUUCAUUCAAGACUCAUUUCAGCCACAACUUCUCUGCUAUUCCUAGAGCCAAAGCUCUCAAUUCAGGAAUUGAUUAAGUUCUCAUUGGCGCAUGGGGUUCCAGAGCACAUAGCUGUAAUAGAUUCAAUUGUUGGUGGGGCAAUAUCUCCAAGGCCAGAUGGAUCCCAAGGUCUGAGUACAAAAGAUGCGGAGGAUAUAUCAAACUUAUACCUAGAGCAAUACCAGUUUGUAGACUCCUGUGGAACUGUACAUGAUGUAUCAAAGGCUUGGAAUAGACAUGUAAAGUUAUUUCCAGGCUUUGCUAGGACAGAUACUCAUCAGCAAUCUGCCAAAUGUCGACAAUUGCUGGAUUCAGUUAAUGAUAGGGGAGAAGAGACUUCUGUUGCCGUUCCUGAUGCCCUAAAUGCUGGAGUAGCAUCUCAGGAAGGUCCUAGUACUGAUCCUGACAAUGCUGUCAAGCACAAGCUUCAAUUUAUGGGAGUGGAUAACACAGUACAAGAGAAAGGAAGAGAAUUGCCUCCCACAGUUUUUGAGGAACAAAGUCAUAAUGAUGCUGAAGAGAAUGUGUCAUCUGCAGUUUUAGUGGAAGUGAAAGAGGUGUCUCCAGAAGCUUAUAAGAAUUUUGAAAAAGAAUUUUCUGAAACUGAAGUUUUCUCAGACAAUUUAGAAAACCAAGUAGCUAGGGAAAAGGAAAUGCUACCAACUUCACAAUCAUACUCAAAAGAAAAUAAAGCUUAUGGCCAGGAAAUGUAUGAGGUUGAGUCAAAAGAAGAGGAACAGUUUUCUCUGGAGAACCGUUCAUUGAAUCCCCAGAAAAGUACGUGUUCUGAUUCAGUCCCAAUGGCAUCGCAUGACUGUGAAUCUAUACCAGAAAUCUGCAAGUCAAAUGAUGGGCUGAGAACAGGUAGCUCCAAUGCAAAUCAAGGCAGUUCUGCAAGUGCUCAAGAUUUUGAGUCAGCCCAAACCCCUUUUGAAAUAAAUUAUCCUUCAUCUUCAGGAAGACAUCAUGAUCAAUCAGCAAGAAGAUCAUUUCUACCGCCCCGGUCCAACAGAAAUGAUGGAAACUGGCAUCAGAUGAGGAAUGCUGGUAAAGUUCAUAGAGGUCCUAAAUAUGGGCUCCGUAGGCAAGGAUAUAGGAAACAGCACCAGCGGCAUGAGCAGUCUCCUAAAAGGUCCCAUCCACCUGCAGGGAGUUUUCAAAUGUCUACAAGUUAUCCCUCCCAACCUGCAUUGCAGAUUCAGCAAGGAAGCCAAGGACAAAAUCAGUUUCAAUCCUCUGCUGCUCCUGAUUUCGCAGCAGCUCAUAGCUGGCCAAUGCAAAAUGUGCCACUACAGAACCCUGCAUCUCAGUCUCAACCACCUGUUGCGCAUGCCACAUUAAAUGCAAUGCAAGGGCCUGAGCAAUAUGGAAAUAUGCAGAAUGCUCAAGCAUAUGAUCAAAUGUGGCAAUAUUAUUACUACCACCACCAGCAGUUUGUUCAGCAGCAACAGCAACAAAUGCAACCACAACAAGCGCUGAUGCUUCAGCAGCAAUACCAGCAGCAAUUUCAACUACAGCAACAGUACACUCAAUAUCAACAACCUUCCUUUCACCAAGAACAGUCUCAACAAUUUCAGCAACAAAGUCAACCAGAACAUCUUCAAUCGCAACAAUCUCAGCAACAGGUUCUUUUGCAGCCUGAGCCUCAGCUUCAGCAGCAAUACCAGUUGCAGCAGCAGCAACCUCUGCAACAAGAGCUUCCUGUUUACCCCCAGCAAUUACUGCCGUCUUCACAGGUACAGCAAACGGACCAAGAGCAAAUACAGCACGAUCAGUCAACACCCUCUCUACACAGUCAGUCAUUAGAUUAUAGCCAGCAUCAGCAGGGGCCAGGGGCGAAGUUGGUGUCUUCUCCCGUACCGUCUGAGAAAUCUUCCCAAGGAGAGUGAUAUAUUUCCUCACAGUUUUGCUCUGGUGCUUUAGUUGUACGUUUUAGAUUGUGUAGCAGUGGUACAUAGAUACUUGAUCUAGAUGUUAGCUUUGUAGUGCUUGGUGACCAAAGGGAAAAGGAUUUUGUAGUCAUUAUGAAUUGUCUGCGGAUUUUAAUAAUUCUUCUUGAUUUUAGAAGACAGUGAGGACCAAACCCCCCCCCCCCCAAAGAAAAGGGGGGGGGUACAAAUUUAGUUUAGCAUGGUGAAGGACCACUAUGUCUAUCUUGCAAUUUUUAAUGAAAAGCUUUAUGGACGAAGGAAUUUGAGAGAAAAUAUUUAAUUUACUUGUAAGUGUAUUUACUUGGGUAGGUUUUUUCUUCUAGGUAUCGAUGGCAUCUAAAACCACACUGGGUUUAGACUAAUUUGGACCAAGGAGGGUUAGAUUCGUAGUAGAGGUUGAUUUCCCAGAAGUGUUUUUUGCGUUCACAUAAAUUUAAAUUCAAUUUACCAUACUUGAGUGGAACAUUACCCCUUCUAUGAAGACCAUUGCUUUUUAGUUAUUUGGAUAGGAUAUUCAUUA